AUGACCCACGGCGCCGUCAAGGGGGCUGCGGGGGAGGGAGCCGGGCCGGGCCGGGAGCGGGAGCCGGAGCGGGCGCGGGAGCGGGAGCGGGGCGGACGCGGCCCCGGGGAUCCCGGCGCGCAGGGCCGGCAGCGGAGGCUCGGCUCUAACGGCUCGUCCGGUCCUUCCGCCCGGCCCGGGCCGCCGCCGCCCCCGGACCCCCCGCUCCCCGGCCCGGCCCGCGGCCCCCCGCGCCGGGAGCCAAUCACGGGAGCGGACGCCGGGCCGGCGCGCGGGCGGGAGCGGGAGGAGCGGGAGGAGGCGGUGGGGGCGGGGGCGCCGGGGCCGCAGCGCGGGGGCGAAGGGGCCGGGGGUCCCGAGGCGCCCACGUCGCACCCUGCGGCCCCCGCGCCUCCCGGGCCCGUGUCUCCGUCCGCGCUGCCCCCGCCUCCCGGGCCCGCGGCCGCCCUCCCUGCCCUGCCCCGCCCCGGCGGGCCGCUCCCUGCAGACUCUUCUCUUCCGGCUGCCCCGCACCUUCUCCUACCCCGAGGCGGCCCGUCGCCCUCCAUGUCCCCGCGGGCGGCCGGGUCCCUCCGCGUGCUGUCGCCGGCGCACGUGCGGUCGCUCCCGGGUCCGGGCGGCGGCGGCGGCCACGGGCGCGAGCACGUUCCGGCCGCGGGGCGCCUCCUCCCGGGAGCCCGCCCGCGGGGGCACGUGGCUGGGGGCUCCCCGCCCCGGGGCCGAGCCCACAUUGCUGAGCACGUUGAAAGGGAGCUGGAAGCCACUAGUGACCUCCAGUGCCAAUGA